GAGUUUGGUGUGCGAGUGGGAGAUGGACCGAGGGCGCUCUUCCGACUAGCAGAGGCGGAGAGCGACUCCAAUAGCCAGAGCUAUUGAAAUAAUAUACGCGAUCGGGUCGUCGACAGCCCACUCCAAAACAAAAAUUAGUCGCCCAUCUUUCACAUCUGCUUCACACACACUAACACGGCAUUGAUGGUAAUGUAUGCAAGGAAACAACCGAGACUCGGCGAUGGGUGCACCGACCGAAGGGAUUCUCAGCCCUAUCAGGCUCUCAAGUACUCCUCCAAGAGCCACCCCGACCACAGGCACGAGAAGAUGCGUGACAGCAACGACGCAACCCCACCGUGCAAGAUGCUGCGACGAUCAGACAGCCCAGAAAACAAGCACACGGACAGCCAUGGCAAAGCAAAAGCCACCCAUCCACACAGGGGGAGAGACCGAGAAGGAGGGACCAGUAUAUCCCCUCAAGAGAACUCCCAUAACCACAGCUCUCUGCACAGCUCCAACUCUCAUUCAAAUCCCAACAAAUCAUCAGAUGCGCCGUACGAGCCGCCAGAUGAUUGGUCCGAACACAUCAGUUCUUCAGGGAAGAAGUACUACUACAACUGCAGGACGGAGGUGUCUCAGUGGGAGAAACCCAAAGAGUGGCUGGAAAGAGAGCAGAAGCAGAAAGAGGCGACCAAGACGGCUACAGUGGUCAAUAGUUUCCCUAAGGACAGGGACUACAGGCGUGAAGCCAUGCAGGCUGCUCCUGUCAGCUUCUCCAGCACUAAGUCUUCAGUUGCCACAGAUAAGCCUUCAUCUCUCACACCCUCCUCUUCCUCUGCUGCUGUAUCUGGAUUAAGUGUGGCCAAUUCAGCCAGUGCAGCCUCUGGCUCCACAGUUCCCGUUUCUCCAGUGAUGCAGUCACCAGCCCCACCCUCUUUUCUCCAAGACCCCUCCCUUUUACGCCAGCUCCUCCCAGCUCUGCAAACAGCCUUGCAGCUAAACAACGCCAGUGUAGAUAUGGCCAAGAUCAAUGAAGUUCUCACGGCUGCGGUAACUCAAGCUUCGCUGCAGUCCAUGCUCCAUAAGAUUCUGACUGUUGGUCCUUCUGCCUUCAACAUCACAACUCUGCUAUCCCAGGCUGCUCAGCUGUCCAGUCAAGCAGCCCAACAGUCCAGCCAGUCUCCGAUGUCUCUGACGUCAGAUGCUUCAUCUCCCCGGUCGUACGUGUCUCCCAGAAUCAGCACGCCGCAAACCAACACAGCCUCCCUCAAACCACCCCUCAGCACCACGCCAGUCUCCUCACAGACCAAGAUGAACGCUAUGUCGAUCAAGGCCGGUUCUCUCCCCCCACCCUCGUCUCAGCAGUCCCUGUCUUCAGAUAAACAUCACGACAAUGGCAACUCUCCACGGACGCUGCAUAGACAGAGCAGUCAGAGGAGUCCGUCUCCGGGGCCCAACCACAUGGGCAGUAACAGCAACAGUAAUAGUGGUGGAGGUGGUGGUCAGGGGCCGGGUGUAGGUAGCGGAACGAUGCCCCCGGGCUCGGUACCUGCCGGAGCCGCUCCAGGCAGAGUGACGUGUUCCUUCACUCCCACACUGGCCGCACACUUCAAUGAGAACCUCAUUAAACAUGUGCAGGGCUGGCAGGCCGAGCAUGUGGAGAAACAGGCUUCACGGUUACGUGAGGAGGCCCACACCAUGGGCAGCAUCUAUAUGUCAGAGAACUGCACGGAGCUAAAAAACUUGCGCUCAUUGGUGCGAGUGUGUGAGAUCCAGGCCACGCUGCGUGAGCAGAGGAUACUAUUUUUGAGACAACAAAUUAAAGAACUUGAAAAGUUGAAGAAUCAAAAUUCCUUCAUGGUUUGAGGAACUUUGGGUUGUGAUGUGGUUUUGAAAUAGGAAGAGAGGAGUGGUAGGUGAACGAGUGGGGAAACCCAUUUUCACGCGCGCAGAACCCUGGGGAACCGAUGUUCUGUUGCAUUCAGCUCUGGGCCCAGUCUUACAUUUAACAAGCUGCAGCGAGGUCUUGCUUGGACUGAGGGUGGGGUAGGGGGAGGGGAACGGGGUGGAAAGCAAUGGCUGAACCGGGGUGAAGAGGUUUACGGGAGCCGCCCUUGUCCCCGCCCCUGUAAAUGUAGAUUAUUUGUAGAUGUUAUUUCCAUGUUGUAUAUAUAUUUUGUAGAGGAAGCCAUGGGAAGCCAUGCCUAUCAAAGCUUUUGACAUCCAAAUUAAUCCGCACCAAGGCAGACUGGGAUCUCGAGUGUCCUCAUUGCCACCAUAUGUAGAACUCUGACCGCAGAUUUUAAAUAUGAUAAAAAGAAAACCGUUGCGCUUCAGUUAAAUGAUUGGUGAACCAUUGAGCCUUGAGCAUGUACCAGACCUGCAUGGCAAAGGUGGAGUAAUCGACUGGGACAAUUAAAGAGACGUAUACGCUGUUUGUCCUCUCAUGACCGUGCACACGCAUCCACUUGUUCAUUUUCUCUCUACAUAUAAAAAAUGGUAAUAAUGCUACAUGGUUAUUUGGUUAAUUGAUCUAUUACUUUCUCUGGUUGCACUAUAAUGGUUUCAUUCCCUCACUUCAUGCCUUUUGAGGGAGUUUACAUCAUGUUUGGUUCAGUGGUCUCCUACCUGCCCCCGAUGGCCCAGCUGUGCCCACGGUCAACACCAGUGCCUGCUUGAAUGUGAUGGAUUGAAUGUGAGAGCAAGAACAAGAGGGAAACACAGAUCGCACUGAGAGAGAGCAGUUCACCCUAAAAGCCCUGCAGUCUUGCAACGCAUGUCGUUUUUCCACCCUUCCUCCCUCCAUCUCUGUAUCUUUCGACUAGAGAAGACGACAGGUUGUCCACCCAGAAUCCCCGUUUUCUUUUCUCCUAAUCUUUCCAGGUUAUUUUCUGUAUUUUCUUUUCCGUACCCUCGUUUUGUUUUAAAACUGUACUUAAAGAAAAAGGAAAAGAGCGUGAGGUGUUCACGGCAACUUGCGUUAAAACCAGAGUUCAUUCCUAUGUACAGUUGCUAAGUAAUAAUGAAGUUAAAGUUUUAUAUUAAAAGUUGCAGUGAUUACUAGUCUAUCAGAUAUGUUGUAUUCAUAAGUUAUUACCACACAUUUUCCUUUGCACCCUGAUUGAAUGAAAUGGGGGAAAAUUGCUACUGGAAUAAAGGAAACUGAGGGUUGGCCAAGGACUGGAUAUCACCAGCCCUGUUACACCAGGGUCAGAGCAGGGUCACCUGGGGUCAGAUGGUCAAAUGUGAAAUGUAUGUAUUGUAAUAAACAUGCUAAACUAAA